UAUGCAAUGAUAUUGUCGCUGCAGUACGACAGCUUCAGUCUCAAGCAUUUCAAUCAUCUCUGAGUCUCAGACCCAAAACCCUAAGUUAAACGAGAUACCAGCCUUUUGCAAGGAGGAGUGGAUGUUGCACAUAUAUGGUGCUCUUAGCAUCCCAAAGCAAUUUAUAUGCAUCCAAUUAUCCUCACAACACCUCUGUAAGGUUUCAUUCCUGUCUAUUUCCAAGGAAAAAAGGAUGGCUGCCACUCUAGGACUUAUUUCCAUGGGUUUUUGCAUCAUGUUAUUUCCUACGUUGCAUGCUGACAUUGUGUAUACAGAGUCGAAGUCAUCAUCCUCACCCAUUGCCAACUUGACGCUGAAUCCUGGAAAACUAAAGCUGACCUGGGACAGCAGUGUCACUGUUACUGAAUACAGCUGUUCUAUGCAUGUAGGCGAGCGUGUCAAAAGGGGAAAGGUGUACAAUAAAACCUGCAUGUUUAGCAUGAACAGUGCUGUGCCUAUACAUAAGGGGGCAUUAUUCCAAGUUGAAGCAAUGUACAACCACAUUUCAUAUUCAGCAGAAGCCAGAUUCAUUCCUCAAGGCAAGAUUGGAACAGCUGUUGAAAAUUUCUCCUGUGUGAUUUACAACAUUUCCUUCAUGAAUUGCGCUUGGAAGGCCGGCAGGAAUGCUCCAGAAGAUACCCAAUAUUUUCUUUUCUUUCAAUACUCAAAGGAAGAAGAUGAACAAGAAUGUCCAGAUUACAUAAGAGAUGCACUUGGAAGACCUAUCGCAUGCAGUUUUCAAAAUGUGACAGACAUUAAAAAGAGAGUUUACUUCCUGGUGAAUGGGUCGAGCAACGAAUCGGAGAUUCAGUUUUAUGAUGAGUACAUCACACUAUAUGAAAUAGAAAAACUCACUCCUCCAUUAAAUAUCACAGUAAUCUGUUCUGAAGACCAAGCAGAGUGUAUAGUGCGAUGGAAACAGCCCCAGCUAAGCCAUGUGAAAUCAGAUGCAGAUCUGUGCUUUGAGUAUCAAAUUGACAUUCGAAAUAAGAAAACUAACGCCAAUCCCAAGGAAAGCAGCAGUGAGCUUCCUACAGUAAAAGGAACAAGCUACACAUUUCAGAAUUACAAUGUGAAAAAAAAGUACACCUUGCAAAUCAGAGCAAAGGGAGGUGCUUGUCGCAUAAGCCAGAAUUGGGGGGAAUGGAGUGAGCCCAUUGAGUUUGGUGACCAUGAAUGAUUUCACUCUCCUGAGGCUGACACAGAAAGAUAAAGACCGAAUGUUGCAUGAAUUGGACCAAAACCCAGGACCAUUCGCUGCUAUGCUUUGUGCUGCAAUGAUUCCAGACCACUUGCUACUGGCUUGGCGUGGUAAAGUGUCCUACCGUGGAGGACGAAAUAAGGCAGCCCUCCCCAGAAACCUUCUGCAAAGGCUUUCAGAGUACCUCCAGGAGAGCUUCAUGGAGAUGUCCCUGGAGGAUUCCCACUCCAUCCCCAGACACGUUAACAGACUUUUCCAUUAGCUGUACUGGCCGCAAAUGCAUCCCAAUUGUUCAGGGCAAAUCAAACAUUAAACACAAUU